GUUCCCAGUAGUAUACAAGUCUAAUCAAAUUGCAAAUUGCCUUUUCAUAGGGGGAAUGGAGAUGGUGACAUGGACACUUUUGUCCAUUCCUUCAAUUCUCAUGUCCUACAGGGCCGGACAAAAAGUGGGGUUGGCGACUGUGGGAGCUUUGACUAGGGAUCUAGCUCAUUAUUUGGUCUAAUAGCACCCACCAACCUGAAGUGCCAAUCAACGCUACAUGGAAUGCAGAUGGUUCCGAUUUAGUGGGUUUUAUGGGACCAUAUUCGCACGAGGUAUUAUAUGCGACCAUUAUAUAUGUUUAAUUAUAGAAGAACCAAUGGCGGCGCACUUCAGCUUUUCCUCUUUCCAUUCAAGAGUAGCGAUCCACGGUCAUUGGUUCUUGCAAGAGCGAUUUGAUCCUUCAGCCGGAAAACCAGGAUCCCGUUCAACGGCUGAACUAAGAAAGAGUGUGUCAAGAACCAGGAUCUACCAGGUCUCAUAUGGAGUGUGCGGGUUCUUUUUGUUUGCAGACAGCCAACCAUACUAGCAAGUGAAUGCCCAAUAGCCAAAUAGCAAUGCCAAUAGCCCCUGCGGAGCACCGACCUAUUUUUCCCACCGACCUUGGUGGGUCAAGGCGAUCGUGGCGAUCGAUUGGUGGGAUCGGUGGACGUGAGACGUUGGUUUCGGGUGGUUACUGCGAUGAUUGGUUGGGGGUCCUUCGCACGGUUUGACAUGUGAACAUCUGUGAACAUAUGCGAACCAUGUACUGCAGUGAAGCAUCAUUUAGUUAAUCUUGACAUGUGAUGUGUUGAGAGCUUGGGGUCCAAGCUUGGCCUCGUUCAACCAGGUUGGCCCGUCAGGGAUCACUGGGCAACCGGCACGGUGGUUCCACCGGUGGCGGGUGGAUGGAGCAUCGAGUGUGUCAUCAAGCUCAAAGAGUGUAGACCUCUCUCUCGCAGUGUUGGUCCUCCAACCUCUGAGCCUCCAAAAGAAUCUAGAUCUUCCAUGCUAUCUUCAAAGUGCCGUAAGAUGCUGUAGUUGACUACUCUUCCUUGCGAAAAGAGGGCCUGCGACCACGGGGGAUGCCCAGUUGACACCUGCCCAGUUAACUACCGCUUCCGCCGCCCUUCCGCUUUGGACCAAAUCCUCGCAGGGGCCCUGCCGUUGACUUCUGCGAUUUGGGCUGUUCUGGCCCUUGGGCCCUGCACUGGCUCCCAUCUAGGUAUCGCGUGGUGGUCUGAGAGUGGCUUGUUGGCUGAGAGUGUCAUGUCUCAUAUGACAGUCUCACACCAGAAGGUUCCGUUGCACUUUAAAAAAAAACUGAAGGUUUAAACACUCUCCAACGGACCAAAGGAGUUCCACUUGUGCAUGGGAAACCUGUAUUUCAAAACGAAAAUAAUUUGUAAUUUGGCACAUCUUGAUUGGGAGCAGUGUAGGUUUGGUUCUCUAUAUACAAUAUUACUUAUUGCUAUAUAUUAUAUAUUAUAUAAUGCACAUAUACUGUACGUAUACAGCACACCAAUCCAUUCCUCAGAAAUUCUUGCGGCCGGUCUAUUUCUUAGGUUUGACCGCAGGGUCAAAGACUCACCUUUCCGGUUUGUGGACGCGAAGAGUGGCGCGCAGCUUCUGGCAUCCUUCAGCUUCUGGCAGUUUAUCCGUCUUUCAUGACUCAUGAUAGUUCAUGAUCAUCCGUUGAAAUCCUUGGAUUUGAGCGGCGAUUGCUUGGCACCCGUCCGCAGCCAACUCUGGCACCCGUGGGUGCUUUUGCCUUCCGGUCUGGCAACAGAAGCUCCCCUGACCCCAGAGUUUUGGUCCAAAGUGAGCCAACCAACACAUCCCAAUCUCGAUGGGAAAGGACUUGGACGAAGCCCUUCCAGAUGAUGACGAGGGGGAUGACUAUGACCGCGAUGAGGACUUUGAUGGAGACUACCAGGGCGAUGAAGCCUUCGAGCUCAAGGGCUCGGAAGACUUGGCCAUGGAGUACGACGUUUUCGGGAAGUAUGUGAAGAGUGCACAAGUGGAGAACGGAAAGCCGGUCUUCUUGGGGCCCAAGACCGAGGGCUCGCGCCCGUCCAUCGCCUUCACAGACACCACGGGCGAUGGGAAGCCCACCUGGUGGGUGUGUAACGCGUCCGGGGGGGAGUGUUUCUACGCCGAGUCGGACACGGACGUGCCUCCGAGGACUGGCUGGCGCACAGAGUACGGCGGUGAACUGGAGGUGGUACUGGAAGCCUGUCAGGCAUCGGACGAGAAGAAGGAGUGUCGUUCGCGCUCGCGCAGUCCGCGCGGGAAGUGCCCGUGGUAACUGUUUAUCAACCUGUAGAACAUGCAGUACAUUCGCAUUGUCCGGAAGUUUAUUCUGCCGGAGCCCCAGCAAGUGGGUCAAGAGUUCUUCACGCUCACACUUGGUCAAAAUUGGCGGAGAUCCUAUGAUUGACUUAUAAAACUUGAUGGUUACUGACUGGAUUUGGACUCUGCAAGUCUGAAAGCUAACCCAUUGGAUUUGGCACUUGAAUCCUUCCUUUCCACUGUGCCUCCCGGAGUUUCACGAUGGCUGUGUGGAAUCAACAUCAACAGUGGGCUCAGUGGCUCGCAGAACUGUCUCCUCUUCGACCUCUUGCAGCGGAGCCUCGCAACUCUUGAGGCUCCAUUGGCGGCAGCAAAGCAGCCUAGUUCCACCCACAUGCCGCUUAAUAAGUAGAAACUGCAGAUGUGCGUUAA